UUCGUGUCCACGAAUUACAGUAUCAUUAUAAUAUUUCAUUAGAAUAACAUGGCAAAAUAUAUUAGUUUUACUUUAAUUUUAUUGACAUCGUUGUGCUUUGUCUCUACAUGGAAAAUAUUCCCGUUGGACAAUCCAGAUCCUAUAAAAACGCCAGAGGCAGCUAAAUCGCCAUCUUCUUAUACAACUUGGAAAGCAACAUCUACAACAGUGUUGCCAGUUUUAAAAACUAAUUUGGGAUCAACUGAAUCAGUAACUUCGAAAUUUUCAUUUAAAUUGUUGGAGUCUGUAUCACCUGACAAAUCGAGGAUAUCAGCAUCAGAAAAUUCCAUAUCAGUUCCAGUCUCAACUGGGAAUAGAUUGGGAACAGUGACAAAGCCUUCAAGAGAUCUUCAGCCACCAAAGGAGGAUACGAGUGAAACACAAGGGAAAGGAAUUUAGCAACAUUAUGUUUUAUAUGUGUAUUUGCU